AUGGAUUGGCAAGACCAAGCCAAGCCCAUGAUGCAAACCAAGUUCUCGAGCUGUCGUGGCGUCUCUUUCGAGCAAAAGGCGUCACCGGGCAGCCCGUUCGCCCACCAAGCCGUCGAUCAUUAUCCGCCCCAGCCGCCGCCGGACGCGCCGACCCCGACGAGCGCCGGCCGGUGGGUCUGGCUGCCGCAGUCUUUCAGCCGUGCCUCCUCCAGGAUCUUUCCUUCCGCUUUUGGCAGGUCGACGAGCCGCGUGAGCAGCCACUUCUGCGACCUCGAUCCCGAUGACGAGGACGCGGACGAUGAGCCCGUCGUCAACGGUGCCGACGUGGAGAUGGCCAUCGCCGCGUCAGCUGUGGCUGUCGAUGACGUGCAACCGAGAAAGAAGGCGAACGCUCCGGCUCCGGCGAAGCCGGCGGCAUCGUCCGCGCGCUCGAGGCUGGGUGUCAUACUGCUCGACCAGGGCUUGUUCACCGUGUACAAGCGCCUCUUCGUCCUGUGCGUCGCGCUGAACGCGGUGGGCCUCGUGCUCGCCGCGACGGGACACUUUCCUUACGCCAGGGCGCAUGCCGCCGUCUUCGCCAUGGGCAACAUACUGGCGCUGACGCUGUGCCGCUCCGAGGCGGUGCUCCGAGUCGUGUUCUGGCUCGCCGUCGCGCUCUUCGGCCGGCCGUGGGUGCCAGUCGUCGUGAAGACCGGAGUGACCGCGAUCCUGCAGUCGCUAGGCGGCGUGCACAGUGGCUGCGGCGUGUCGUCGCUGGCGUGGCUGGUGUACGCGCUGGUGCAGGCGCUCCAGCACCGCGACGUGACGCCACGAGAGGUCGUCGGUGUCGCGUCGGCCAUAUUCGGCCUGCUCGCGCUCUCGUGCAUGGCCGCGUUCCCGCUGGUGCGCCACCUGCACCACAACGUGUUCGAGCGCACGCACCGGUUCGCCGGCUGGACUGCGCUCGCGCUGCUGUGGGUCUUCUUCGUGCUCUCCGCCGGCUAUGACCCAGCGACCGCCUCCUACCACCGGCUCACCGGCUCCGUCCUCGUGAAGCGGCAGGAGCUCUGGCUCACUGCCGCCAUCACCUUCUUCACUUUCCAGCCAUGGCUCACCGUGCGGCGCGUGCCGGUCACGGUCACCGCGCGGUCCAGCCACGCUUCCGUUAUAACCUUCCAGGGCGGCGUCAAAGGCGGCCUUCUCGGCCGCAUCAGCCGCUCUCCGCUGUCCGAGUGGCACGCCUUCGGCAUCAUCUCCGACAACGGGGACACGCACGCGAUGCUCGCCGGCGCGGUGGGCGACUUCACCCGGGCCCUCAUAUCGGACCCUCCGACGCGCCUCUGGGUGCGCGGCGUCCACUUCGCCGGGCUUCCCUACCUCCUCAACAUGUACCGGCGGGCGACCAUGGUCGCGACGGGCUCCGGGAUAUGCGUGUUCAUGUCCUUCCUGAUGCAGCCCGGCCCGGCCGAACUGUCGCUGGUGUGGGUGGCCAAGGGCAUCGACGCCAACUAUGGCGAGGAGAUGAAGUCGGCGGCGUACAGCAGCGAGAGGCUCCGCGGGCGGGUGAUCGUACACGACACGACGUUGAUGGGGCGGCCCAACGUGGCGGCGCUGGCCGUGGAUGCGGCGCGGCGUUGGGGCUCGGAGGUGGUGGUGGUGACCAGCAACCCGGAAGGGAGCAGGGACGUCGUCGCGGGGUGUACCAAGGCCGGUAUCCCAGCAUUCGGGCCUAUCUCGGAUUCUUGA